UUGAGACUUGAGAUUCUGAUGUGAUUCAAAGGAAGAGAAGGGGAAAAAAAAAGAAGAAAACUUUUUUGGGUAAAAAAUUGAGAUAGUAUAAAAUUUUGAUCCUCCUUUUUCGAAAUUUGUUCAAGCUUCAUUUGUCCCGGUUUGAGUUUUUUAGGAUUCCAAUCCACCCUUUCCACCUUUUUAUAUUACCAACUGUGUCUUGCUUUUUCUUCCCACACAAAACCAAACCCCCAUCAACACAAACAUUUCUCAUCAUUCCCCCUUCUCUCUCUUCUGUAAGCUUAAAACUUGAAAGAACAAAAACCCUGAAUGGAUCUGCUUUAGGUUUUCCUUCUUUGGUUCACAACAGUUUCUCAGAAAACCCAAGAGUUUCAGACUUCAACAAAGAAAAAAUGGCAGCUGACAAACCUAGCUCUAAGGGCCAAGCAUGGUUUUGUGCCACUGGAUUACCAAGUGACAUUAUGAUUGAAGUUGAUGACAUGACUUUUCAUCUCCAUAAGUUCCCUUUGAUGUCCAAAAGCCGAAAGCUUGAUCAGUUAAUAGCGGAGCAAGGUCGGAAAUCAUCCACUACAACGGUUACCAAACAAAGGCAGCGCGAAACCGAAACCGAAAUCGAAGAAGAAGAAGGAGAGUAUCAAGAAGAACAGGAAAAUGAAGAAGAAGAAGAUCAAUACCAGAUAUCUCUUCCGGAUUUCCCGGGUGGUUCGGAAACUUUUGAAGGCGCCGCCAAAUUCUGUUACGGCGUUAAAAUCGAUCUCUCCUCCUCCACCGUCGUUCCUCUCCGUUGCGCCGCCGAGUUUCUUGAAAUGACGGAAGAGUACUCCGAAGGUAACCUUAUUUCAAAAACCGAACGGUUCCUUUCUCAAUCCGUUUUCAAAAGCCUUAAGGAAUCGGUCAAAGCGUUAAAAUCAUGCGAAUCCGUGAUGUCUUUAGCGGAAUCUUUAGGCAUUGUUCAGAGAUUGAUUGAGUCAAUCGCUGCGAGAGCUUCUUCUACAGAUCCGACUCUGUUUGGCUGGCCGGUGAAUGACGGGAUUGUCGAAGCUAAAGGCGCUUCCAGUCAAGCUUUAUGGAACGGAAUUGAAACUGGUUUGAGAAGAAAAAGUCUAGGUCGAACGAACAAUGUAGAGUCCUGGUUUGAAGAUCUGGCAUUGCUGAGUUUGCCGUUGUUUAAACGCUUGAUUUUAACGUUGAAAACGCGAGAUCUGAGUCCAGAGAUCAUCGAAAGCUGCCUUAUGUGUUACGCCAAGAAGUAUAUUCCUGGAACGUCACGGUCAAAUCGGAAACCAUCGACGUCGUCGUCGGCCUCUGGUGUUUCGGAGGGUGAACAGCGAGAGCUUUUGGAAACUAUUAUCUCGAACCUUCCGUUAGAAAAGAGCCCCACCAGAUCAUCAACCGCUACGCGGUUUUUAUUCGGUUUGUUGCGAACCGCUAACAUUUUAAACGCUUCGGAAUCCUGCAAAGCCGCGUUGGAGAAGAAGAUUGGAUUUCAGCUCGAGCAAGCUACGUUAGACGAUCUGUUGAUUCCGAGCUACUCGUAUCUCAACGAAACGCUCUAUGACGUUGAUUGCAUUGAAAGGAUUUUAGGUUAUUUUUUGGACGGAUUGGAAGAGAGAAACGCGGAAGGAAUCGAAGCCGAAACGAGAGGUAACAACAAUAACAUUCUUAAUAAUAAUAGCGUUAGACCGCCUGCGCUGAUGCUCGUCGGAAAGUUAAUCGACGGUUACCUUUCGGAGAUUGCAUCCGACGCGAAUUUGAAGCCGGAGAAAUUUUAUAAUCUCGCAAUUUCUCUUCCUGACCAAGCUAGACUCUUCGACGACGGACUGUACAGAGCUGUGGACGUGUACCUCAAGGCGCAUCCUUGGAUACCGGAAUCGGAGAGGGAAAAGAUAUGCGGGGUGUUAGAUUGUCAAAAGCUGACGCUCGAAGCAUGCACUCACGCGGCACAGAACGAGCGGUUACCAUUACGCGCGGUAGUGCAAGUGUUGUUCUUCGAGCAGUUGCAGCUACGUCACGCGAUCGCCGGGACGUUGUUAGCGGCGGAAGCGGCGCCGACGAAUGCGGGGAGGUUGUCGGAGGCGAUGAGAGAGGAAGAGGACGAGGAGGAGGAGGAAAGGGCGGGGGUGGUUUCGGUCUCACGUGGGGAAGAAGGUAGUAGCACGUGGAGAGCGGCCGUGAGGGAGAAUCAGGUGCUGCGGCUGGACAUGGAUAGCAUGAGGACGCGGGUGCACCAGCUGGAGAGAGAAUGUUCCACGAUGAAGAAAGUGAUCGAGAAGAUCGAAAAGGAAGGUCCACGUGGCGGUGGCUGGAGAGGAUCGUUGAAUAGGCGGUUCGGGUGUAAGUUCAGGACUCAAGUUUGUGAUUCGCAUGAAUCUACGGUUGCGGAAACCAGAAGGGGAAGGCAUCAGUCACACCAUCAUCAUCAUGAACAAUAGAGCUGCCCGCACAAGAACAUAAUCCUCAAAUGAUUGUUUAAUGUGCCACGUAAAGAGAGAAAUAAAAAGAAAAAUUGUUGCUUCAUUUUUUGUUUACAAUAAUUUUGUUGAUUGGUUGAUCGAACCCAUCUUUCGAGACAAUGGGGGGUAUACAAUGAAAAUUGCAAGUCAUGGGUAGAUAGUGGAGAAGGCAGAUGGGGAUACCUGACUUUUAGUAAAAGCUUUAUUUUUUGUGCUA